AUGGCGAAGGAUCAACACUUGCGACCUUGGUUUCUGGAUCUCGUACCUGCUUUGGUUGUUUUUCUCGCCGCAGCUCAUGUCAUCGCCUUGGGUUACUGGAUUUACAGAUUAGCCACUGAUCGUAGGCCUCAGAGAGGAAAAUUUCACUGA